CAAGUCCAUUCACUAUGAUGCUCGACUCCUAGCGAGAAGCUCCUCCGCAUCCGACAUCCGCUGUAAGGAGAAAACUCAAUGAAAUUCAAGAACAAUUCUUGACCAGAAUUAACGUUUGUGCAGCCAGCGUGAAGUGAACCUGAAGACAUCGCCUCAGUGCAUUCAUCAAGACUUUAUUUUGGGGGGCACUUUAAAUAUAAAAGUUUUUUCCUAAGGCCCCCCCCCUCCCCGUUUUUCUUUACAGAAGACAUCGAAAUAUUCUCUCAUCUUCUUAAUAUUUUUAAAAAAGGCAUAAAAAAAAGUCUGAACAAUUAUUUCACACAGUAUUUGACUUUCCUGGACUGCUGCAGACUUUAUUCGUGGGCUGAAAUCUCGCAGUAAAUCGCCUGGACCGCUCGUAUAUGUGAUUGGUUUAACAAGUACCUUUAUUCUUCAGUGAGAGAUCAUGGAGCGCGACUCUACCGCGGGAGGGGCGGAGGACCUGCUCCUGGAAGACACAGUUUCAAAACUGCGUGCAGGAUCACUUCACAAACACGAACUAGCUGAGGCCAUGGAAGUGGAACAAGAAGGACUGGUAGAACAUCAGCCUCUGGAGCAGGAUGACCUUAACUUUGAGAAAUGGAAACCCAAGCCAAAGCCCAAGAGGACACUGCAUGAGAAAAUCGACGACUUAAAGACUUACCUGUGGAACGCAGAGACUAAGGAGUUUAUGGGCCGCUCGGGGAAGAGCUGGAGCCUUAUUCUGCUCUUCUACUCAGCAUUAUACAUUUUCCUUGCGGCUAUGUUUGCUGGUUGUAUGUGCUGCCUGAUGUGGUCAAUUAGUCCAUAUGCUCCCACCUACAAUGACAGAGUGAUGCCACCAGGUAUGACAAUGUUUCCUCAUGUAGAUGUAGCUCAUGGGUUUGACGUUGCUUUCAACGCCUCUGACCGAAGCUCGUGGAGGAAGUAUGCGAAAGCACUGGAAGCCCAUCUGAAAUCCUAUGACGACGGAGUGCAGGAUAGGCGGAACAUUAACUGCGAAGGAAAUACAUAUUUCAUGCAAGAUGACUUAGAGGAGAGUGCCGAGCGCAAGGCAUGUCAGUUUAAGAGGUCUUGGCUGGGUGAAUGCUCCGGCAUGAAGGACAAAGACUUUGGCUACUCAAAGGGAAAACCCUGCAUCCUCGUCAAAAUGAAUCGGAUUCUCGGGUAUCUGCCUGGUCAAGGCACUCCAGUACAUGUUACAUGUGGAGUUAAGAAAGGGUCAACUGAAGGCCUUGGAGAAGUCCAGUUUUUUCCAGAAAAUAUCUUCAACUUGCGGUACUAUCCCUAUUAUGGGAAACUGAGACACGUAAACUACUCUUCCCCGCUGGUGGCUGUGCGCUUUCCCAGUGUCCCGUAUGACACCCAACUACACGUUCAAUGCAAACUAAACGGCAAGGGCAUCAUCAACGAUUCACCAACCGACCGUUUCCUGGGUAGUGUGUCUUUCACUUUACAAGUGGGCGCGUAGGGUGGCAGUAGACCUAGAGAAAUUGAAAUUAAAAUUCUCAGAGUAUGUUAUAAUAAAUGAAAUAGCACACUGGGUGUUGUCUUUACCCAUUAGCCCUCUGAUUAUGCCUCCGGCAGCCACUGUGCUAUUCGCGUCAGAGCUGUGUUACUACACUACUUUUUCAAACAAGGAAUUUCCCAGUAAGCAAAGACUGAGAUUCAUAGAUCACAUUUAUAGAUCAGCUGCUAGAGACUGACACCUGCCUGGAUUUCAUUAUAGGAUAAAAUGAAAUAUGAAAAGAUGUCCAAAUACAGUAUGUAGGUCGCAAUUAUAGCUAUUGAGGCAUAAUCACUCAAACGUACGGUCUACAGUGAGACGUAGGCAAAACAAUUAUCUAGAUCCGUGUAGAUUGUAGAAUUAACAUUUAUUAAACCUUUUUGAUCAGUUUGCUAAGUCAGAUGUGUAUAUAACACAAAUUAAAACUGAACAAAUAUAUUUUUUUUAUGAUUUUCUCCGUUAAGUCAGUCUCCUUUCAAUUCCCCCUCUGGAUGAAGAAAAAGGCCGAAAACUGCUUAACAUUAUCCUUUUGCUUGCUCAUUUAAUUAAAUAAUCAGAUGUGGUUUAGAAUUAAUAAUCGAUUGUACAUUUUUGGACUAAAUUUUUCUUUCCUUUUUUUUGGAUGUGCAACUAAAUUUUGAAUUCAGAGGCAAAUGUAUUUUACUGAAAUGCGGGACAGAAAUCCCAUUUCAUCAUUUUCACAAAGCUUCAUAAUGAAAUACGAGCUGAUAUUUCUUUUGUCAAUCAUGCAACCAACACUUCUUAAAAACUAAAUAGAGAGUCACAU